AUGUUCUCGGGCCUCUGGACGGCGCUGGCGGGGCUCCUGCUCCUGCCGCUGCUGGCCAGGCUGGCGUGCCCCUAUUUCUUCCAGGACUUGUGCUUCUUCUUGAAGCUGCUGGCCGUGGGGCGGCGGGCCAGGCAAGGCGCGAUGCGGCGCCCCCCGCGCACCUUGCUGGAGGUGUUCGGGCAGCAGGCGCGCCGGGCGCCCGAGAAGCCGCUGCUGCUCUUCCGAGACGAGGUCUACACCUAUCGGCAGGUGGAGAGGCGCAGCAACCAGGUGGCGCGGGCUCUGCGGGAGCAGGCCGGGCUCCGGCAGGGCGACUGCCUGGCCCUUUACCUGGCCAACCAGCCCGCCUACCUCUGGAUCUGGCUGGGCUGCGCCAAGCUGGGCUGCGCCCUGGCCUGCCUCAACUGCAACGUCCGAGGACGGCCGCUGGUGCACAGCUUCCAAGCUAGUGGGGCCAAGGUCUUGCUGGCCGACCCAGACUUCAAAGGGACCAUUGAAGACGUAUUGCCAACCCUGAAGCAAGAAAAUGUGCUUGUUUAUUUCUUAAGUAGAACGUCUGACACUGAAGGGGUUGACAGUUUCCUUGACAAGAUGGAAGCUGCUUCAGAUGAGGCUGUUCCAGAAUCUUGGAGAUCAGAUAUUACUUGCAAAAGCCCCGCCAUGUACAUUUAUACCUCUGGAACUACAGGUCUCCCCAAAGCUGCAGUGAUUACUCAUCUCCGUGUAUUAUUGGGUUGUGGUUUGAUCAUGCUCAGUGGUGUCACUUCAGAGGACAUUAUUUACACCACCCUGCCAUUAUAUCACAGCUCUGCCCUCUUGCUUGGAGUAAAUGGUUGCAUCAUGCAAGGUGCUACCCUAGUAUUACGCUCAAAAUUCUCUGCUUCUCAGUUUUGGGAUGAUUGUAGAAAAUACAAGGUGACUGUCAUACAGUACAUUGGAGAGGUGCUACGUUAUNGAUGUUGAAGUCCACAAAAAGACAAUGAUCAGAACCACGUGGUAAGACUUGCUAUAGGCAAUGGCUUACGGCCUGAUAUUUGGAGGGAAGUCAUCAGAAGAUUUGGAGACAUACGUAUCUUUGAGUUUUAUGCAGCCACCGAAGCCAACGUCGGAUUUGUUAACUACAGUGGAAAAGUCGGAGCUGUGGGGAGAUCGAAUUACUUCCACAAGAAAAUGAUACAAUACAACCUCAUUAAGUAUGAUGUGGAGAAAGAUGAACCGGUCAGAGAUGAAAAUGGCUACUGUAUAAAAGUUCCUAAAGGUGAAGUGGGACUGUUGAUUUGCAAAAUCACCCAGUUGGCUCCAUUUAGUGGUUACGCGGGAUCAAAGAGCCUGACGGAAAAGAAGAAGCUAAGAAAUGUUUUCCAGAAUGGUGACGUGUAUUUCAACAGCGGAGAUCUUUUAAUGAUUGAUCGUGACAACUUUAUUUAUUUCCACGAUCGAGUUGGAGAUACAUUCCGGUUUGUUUCUUUCUCUCUCCCCACCCCACCCCCCGGCGUGGCCCAUUGGGUGGGGGUGGUCCAUUGGUUGAGAGAAGUCAAUAUUAAGGGUAAUUCUCCUGCAGGUCACGAAGGCCGGAUAGGCAUGGCAUCCCUACGACUAGCAGAAAGUUGUGAUUUUGGUGGAGAAAUUCUCUACAAGCAUGCAACAGAUUACUUGCCACUUUAUGCAAGACCGUAUUUCGUGAGGAUCCAGGAUGCUAUUGAGAUCACGGGAACAUUUAAAUACCGGAAAAUACAGUUAGCAGAAGAAGGAUUCAAUCCAGCAGUUGUCAAGGACGCCUUAUAUUUUUUGGAUGAUAAAGAGAAGACCUACAUACCCUUGACAGAAGACAUCUAUAACUCAAUAUGUAGCAACAGAUGGAAACUAUAG